AUGUUCAGCAUUAGCUGUAUACAUCGAGAUGGCAAAGGUGUAGAUAACAAGAUAUCAAUGGACUGGUUUAACAAGGUGGCAGAAAGAGGCAACAUCAAUGCAAUGUUUAGCCUUGUCUGUAUAUACAAGUAUAUGAAAAAAGACGAGGAAAGCGCUACCGACUGGCUUAAGCUAGCUGCUGAUAGAAUCAGCGGGUGGAAUAUGAAUCGCUUCGGCUGUCUCUAUCGGGAUGGUGAUGGUGCCGUGAAGAAUAAUGAAAAGGCAAUGGAAUGGUUUUUAAAGCUUAUGAAAAGGGCAAUGCUAACGCUAUAUAUCAUUGGUGGGAUGUAUCGAGAUGGUAAAGCCGUAAAGAAGGACUAUGAAACUGCAAUGGAUUGGUUUUUAGAAGCUGCCAAAGAGGGUAGCAGCUGCGCUAUGUACAGUAUUUGCUGCAUGUAUCGAAAUGGUAAAUCUGUGGAUGGAGAUAAUAUAGUAGCUAUGAAGUGGUCCCAGGAUGUUUCUGAGAGGGAUAAUAGUAACUCUAUGAACAACAUUGGAUGCAUGUACCGAGAUGGCAACUCAGAAAUAAAACUAACCGAAGACAACAAUCUUGGCACCAUGGGCGAUAUAGAAAACUUAUACCGUUGCGAUACUGACACAAAUUAA